AUGACUUGGGAACUCACACGCCGCCGCUUCACCCGUGCGAUCAACAGCAAAUACGUCUUUGACCGCGUUCCUCUCCUACAUGCCAUCAUCUUCCUAAUCGAGAUGACCCUCGUCGCGCGCCUCGUAGCAAGGUACAAUGCCUUCUACGCUGAACGACCCGUUCUCACCAUGAUGGUGACCAACGCCAUCUUGGGAGGCAUCGCCGACACCGUCGCACAGUCAAUCACUGCCGUCCGCCAGCGCGCCCUUAGGAAGGCACCCGCCUCUCCGGCCUCGAGAGACACAGCUUACGAGCUCGACGUCAAAGACCCAUUCACCGAGCGGGAGCUGAUCCCCGAUUCCAAGAUGCUGCCGCCGCCUUUCGACUUCGAGCGCCUGACGAGGUUCAUGGCCUACGGUUUUGCCAUGGCACCCUUGCAGUUUAAGUGGUUUGGAUUCCUGGAGAGGACUUUCCCCAUUACCAAGGCCAGUGCUUUCGGGCCUGCCAUGAAGAGGGUCGCCAUGGACCAGAUUAUCUUCGCGCCGUUCGGUGUCGCCUGUUUCUUCAGCGUCAUGACUGUCGCCGAGGGCGGUGGCCGACGUGCUGUCAUGUCGAAGCUUCGUGACAUGUACGUGCCAACCUUGAAGGCCAACUACGCAGUCUGGCCUGCGGUGCAAGUCAUCAACUUCCGUUUGAUGCCUGUUCAGUUCCAGCUGCCUUUCGUGUCCACCAUCGGUAUCGCCUGGACCGCAUACCUCUCGCUCACCAAUGCUGCGGAGGAGGCAACCCAGCCAAGCCCAGCCGCCCUCGGCCCUUCCAACAUCCGCCUGGAGUAG